CGUAUUUUAUGGUCACGCCUUUUACGUAUGACGUGAAGAGGUUGUGAUGAUUAUUCAGGACAACGCAAGCUAAGCAUGGCGUCGAGAAAUGGAUUGGCCUCUUUGGGUGUGGAGGGGGCUUCAGCAGCGGCGCACGCUCUCUCUCUCCCGGCGGAUGCGUACGGUAAUGAUCCCCAACUGGAAGUAAUGUGGGCCAUGAAGGCAUACAACCACGCAGAAAUAUACUUUAAUCUGAUUUCCUCUGUGGAUCCCAAGUUGCUGAAACUUACAAAAUCAGAUGAUCAAAUACAUUCUGCAUACAUGGAGAGUUUUAGUGACCUUAACCUGGAAUUACUGGAUCCCGACAAUCUAAAGUCUGCAGAGUCCAAAGAGAGAUGGAGGCCGUUCUGCAAUCAGUUUGAAGGGAUUGUUGAGGACUUUAAUUAUGGAACGCUACUUCGACUGGACUGCAGAAAGGACUACACAGAGGAAAACACAAUAUUCGCUACCAGAAUCCAGUUUUACGCCAUUGAGAUUGCAAGGAACAGGGGAGGCUACAAUGAUGCGGUCUAUAACGCCAAAAGCAAGCAGGAACAAAGUUAGUUUUCAACAGAGCAGCAGCAGCAGCAGCAGCAUCUGUGGCCUUCUGUGUGUCAUGAAGUCGAAAAAUGAGUUUUGAAAUGGCGGGGGGAGUUACUGUAGAUUAUAUUUGGAAACAUAAGUACUUUGGAAGACUGUCUGGUGCAGAUUUUGUCGUCAAAAAAAUGUUCAGCGCAAAGGUAAUGUCUUCCAUGGUCGUUGUCUGAUACUUUCAUUUUGUUUCACAACAUCUGUAACGGAUUAUCAAAGAAAGAGAAACUGCAUGAACAAGGCACCAUUGUUAAUUAGAGCCUACGAUCUCAUCCUAUGUUUUUUUUUUUGUAUGACCAUUUCCUGAUGCUGUAUCUGCAUUCCUUUCUAUAUGUUCAACUGUACCCUCAAACAACUGGCAUAUGGGUUUGGAGUAGACUUGUGUGGAAUAAAUACAGCUUCAUAUACAAA